AAGAAGAAGGGAGUUUUGAGGCAUUCUCAAAUCGUUUCUCAUAUUGUUCUUCAGAAUAGUUGGGGGAACUCAGAGAGACGGAAAUACACCCCAAGAGAAAACGAAGAACACAGUAGAAGAAACCCCCAAUUUUUACACUUAAAAGACACUGAAAUCUCUUCACACAGAAGAAGAAGAGGAAGAACAAGAAGAAGAAGAGAUAAUCUAGAGCUGCAAACUGCUAUUUUUCUUCGAAAUUUUGAUUGUUUUCUGUCUCCCUUUUCUGUGCCUUCUGUUUCUGGUUAAUCUCUGUUUGAGCGAGAUUCGAGAGAGAGAUCUUGUCCUUCUACAUUGCCCACUCUGUAGCGGACAAGGGUUUUGACGGAUCGUAACUGGGUGGCUCUCCAAUUUAUCGGUUUCGCACUAAUUAGGGUUUGGUACCGACUAUGGAUUGAAAGUAUGAUUAUGACUGGGUCAUCGCGCUUUCUCUUGAAUGGGCUGCUGCUCCGAUCUUUCCUGGGAUUCGGGUUUUAGUCUGUACUUCGUCGAGGCCGCGAUUCUGUAACUGUAACGUACCACUAGAAUGAAGUGAACUUUGCUGGUCUGAUCAUGGAAGAGGAUUGCACAUUAUAGACUUGUUUUUGGCAGUGAACAGUUUCAACCCAAUCAAUUUCUUGGAUUACAUGGGAUUUUCAAUACAGUUUUAGGUUUUUCAUCUCUAAUUAGGAGGUUCUGUUGGUUUAAAGAGGAGCUAAUAAUUCGCCCCCGGAGGAAAAUCAAGAGACCAUUGCUUUGAAUCAUCGACAUUUUCCACGAGCCGAACGGGAGAGCUAAUUUGUUGCUUAGGAGUUAUUUUUAUCUGCGUUUCAGUUGAUUUCGCCCUUUCGUAUUUAGGAUUUCUCUGAUAUCUGGGAACUUGGUUAGAAUUCAUUUAGUCAAGUGGCAGAGUUGGCUCUUGUUAUUUUUGAGAAUUUGGAAAUAUCUCUUGGCCUGUACUUAUUAUUCCUGUACUCGUGUUUAUAGUGUUUAUAAGUGGGAGAGUUCUCUGAGGUUUGGACAUUGCAAUUUCUGGAUUGACUAAGAAGCAUAUGGAGGAAUAUUGAAGCUGGAAAUGAAUGCGAGGACAUGGUGCAUGGACAGCAGCUUAGUUUCUUGUUCGUUCCCUUUUCGGAACAGUGCUUCUGGAAGGUAGUUACAGCAUUUUCGCCCGUGGAGAGAGCUCUUGUUUUUUGUCUAGAUACUCUGCAAUGUCGCGCUGUUUUCCAUUUCCGCCACCAGGAUAUGAGAAGAAAUCUAGGGCAGAGGAUGCGGACCUACUAAAAAAGGAGAAGAGCAAAGAGAAAAAACAUAAAAAGGAGAAAAAAGAGAAGGAGAAGAAAGAGGGUAAAGAAAAAAGAGAUAAGGAUAAAAGUGAGGAGAAACGCCGGGAAAAGAAAGACAAAAAUAAAGAUCGUGACAAAAAGAAGGAAAGGGAUAAGGAGAAGGAGAAGGAGAAAGCACCACAUGCCUUGGAGGACAGUAGAUCUUCUGGGAAAAUCAAGAGUCAAAAUGGAGAGGAAGUUGUUAGAAUCAAACAUAAUAGUAUCCAAGAGGAGAAGCAUUCUGGGAAACUUGAUUCUUACGUCGGAAAUAAGAUUAGUCAGAAUACUGUUCUUCCUAAGGAGACGAAGAACUCGAAGUUGGUGCCGGAGGUGGGGAGGAGAAUCGAGGACAGUGGAACUGCAAAGGUCGAGAAACUUGCUGUUGCACAACCGAAAAGGGACGAUGGAGUGGCCACACAGGUGGCUAGGAGUUCUGAGAUCUUGUUUGAAGGUAAUAAGGAACAUAUCAAGAACAAGACAAUUGAUCAAGGAAAAUACAACGGUCAAGGAAUUAGACACGACGAAAGAUUCAGUGGAGAUUCUACGGUCCCAAGUUUCACUGCAACUACAACUACGACUGCGAAUGCAACCGUUGAAUCAGCAGAGAAAAUUGCGGAGAAAAGGAAAGAAACAAAUGAUAAAAUCAGACCGAAAGAAGGCGAAGCAAAACGAGGGAGCAAGCACAAGGAUAAAGAUAAAGAGAAAAAAGGACGAUCAAACGAUAAAGCGACCGAUAAAGAGAAGAAGAAAGAAAAGAAGGCGAAGGAGAAGAAGGAGAAGAAGGCGAAGGAGAAGAAGGAGAAGAAGGCGAAGCAGAAAGAGGAGGAAGAGAAGAAUGCAGUGGUAGAUAAAACAAAAGAGAUCACUAAGGAUAACCUCAUAGGUAGGCAUUCUACAGACACAAAUACAUCACAACUUCCUGACAGCAAUAUUGGUGCUGCAGUUGAAGAAAAUCUAAUUAAGAAACGGAAAGCGUUUGAGCCUAAUGGAGUCUUGCACGCAAUUGACAACAGAUCCAGUAAGUUGUUGAGGCCAGCUUCUCAUCCAUUGAAGGAAAAUGGAAGGAUACUCGAACCGUGCUUGGCUUCCCCCUUGCCUCCUUCAGAGAGACAGACCGUGGAAGCAAAUGACGUUAUUUUGUUUAGUAAAGAACGUAAGAUAAAUGGCAUUAUUGAAGCUCACCACCCGCCCGCCUCUCUGAAACACAAGACAAGCGAACAGGAUGAUCAUCCUCAAUCUCAACCUCAACCUCAACCUCAACUUCAACUUCAACCUCAACCUACUGCAAUACAUAAAAAAUCACCCCAUCCAGAUUCCAAGUUCCUGAGUGUGGUAUAUUCAGUUCCGAAAAUGGAGGAAUUGUCGGACUCUGAUAACCAGGAUUGGUUAUUUACCAGUAAUAAUUCCCAAGCGAUGAAGCCCGAGUUGGAAGCUUCAGAAGCCAAGGAAAUGCUGCAGGUAUGGGCCGAGGCGAUGCAGAUAGAACCAUCUGAUGUUUAUGCUCUGCCUUAUGUUAUUCCCUACUGAUGGUCUCACAUGAUUGGGCAUUUUUUACCAACUUGACUUGACUUGACUCAACUCGGGGUCGACCCACGUUGGAAUCGUGUUGGGGUUGUGGUUCACCAACAGCCAGCUAGGUAUGGAGUUUUUCGAUUACUCAACUACAUUCACAUUCUUGCUUGGUUCUGGCAGCUGGCUGGCUCGCUGGGGCUGGACAUGUGAGUUUGAUCAUCUUCCUAUCAAAUUGUUGAUUGGAACAGCAGCAGCUGUGGAAUGCUCUUGUUGAUCAUUGAUGGGUGCUGGCGGGGUGUCACAAUCGCCUUUUUCUUGGACAAGCAUGACGGUGACACGGGGCGGCCAGGUACGGGAGGUGGUUUUUGGGUUAGGACAUUAAAUAACUAAUUCAUUGAAAUGAGAAAAUUCAUAAAGGUAGCUCUGGGAGGUGUUUUUUCCUGCAGAGAGAGAGAGAGAGAGAGAGAGAGAGAGAGAGAGAGAGGUGUGAGCUUGUGGUAUUUUAUUUAUAAUUUGGUUGGAGCUGAAAAAAAGCACUUUCUAAUUGAGAAUGUGAAAGGAAUUAGAUGUGGUCUUUACAACUCCACAAUUUUGAUUUGUAUCAUACAACUCAACUUUUUAC